GUCGACGAGCUACUGAACUUUAGAUACAAGCCAUUUAGCAUCGUUUCUCUUAUUUCUGCCAGUUUAGGGGUGUUUGGUGCCAUUUACCAGAUCGUUCCCAUACACGAGACGGUACAAAGGAGGUCGGCCCUGUCUGGUGAAAGACAAAGAAAAAUCAUUAAACUCUUAGCCAUAGCAGAUUUAUUUGCCUGUCUUGGAAUUAUAGUCAGAUCUGUAAUGUGGAUCAUCUUUUAUGAAAAUCGAACCGAAUCUCAGAGAAUGAACGAUCAUAGAUUAGCUUGUGCGCUAAUUUCUUUUUGGAUAAUGUACUUUUAUACUUCUACUUACAUGUGGACUGUUUGUUAUGCUAUCGACGUGUAUGUUACACUUAAAGAAAAUGCUUGGAAAUUUAAAUACUAUCAUCUCAUUUCUUGGGGAAUCUCUCUAUUUUACGUAGCAUGUGAAUUUCUCAUUUUAUAUGUGCCAGAUUUUAAGUGCCAUUCGAAGAUGCCGCUAGUUUUGGCUCAUUACAUUUUAACAUUUAUUGCCAUUCUCAUUCCGAUGUUGCUGAAUCCUAUUUUAUAUGCAUUAGCAUCGAGUCAAGGUAGUUUUUUUUACUUUUGUCUUAUUUUGG